UUUUUUUCGUUUUCUUUAUCUGUGAUCAUACAUGUGCACUUGUGUGUAUGUGUGUAAACAGGUCUACCUUGCCCUUUUUUAAAGAAUACAUACACUCACUUAAACUCAUCGAUCCUUGAUCUUUUUAUAAAUAAAAUGGAAGAUUAUCGAAGUAAACUCAGAUCCUUCAAGACAAAUACCUUACAUCAAGAAACAGAAGAAAAGAAGAUCAAAGAAGAAGAACCCGACAUUUACCAAGAUGAUGUGUUAUAUCAAGAUGACCCAGAUAACCUCAAGAUAUCCAAUCCAGACAUCGAACCCUAUUUCCCUCCUUCACCUUAUGGAAAGAGACGCGAUCAACCAGCCGGUGAUCGAUUUAUACCCUCACGAGAAAGAGACUUUGUUCGCGAUUUUCAGAUGCUUGAUUCCUCCUCAAAACGAUCCAGCGAUCAUCUCAACACAAGUGUACCUGAAUCACCCACGCAUCAGCAUGAAUCCACAAGACGAUUCGGUGCUUUCUUUCGUGCAGAAAUCUUGGACGAUUUAUCUGCUGUGGAAGAAUUUGUCUCGUCCGAAUCGCCUCGUACGCCUAGAAGAGUAUUGCAUUAUGCUGGUCAUUCUACAGACAAUACAUCAUUGGAACACACUGAACCCAAUGCUUCUCGCUUUCAAACAUCACCUAUCAGUGAAGCAGGUCGACGUAUCUUGUCUUCUUCAGAUCGUUCCAUACGUCAUAUCAAUCCGAAUGCCAUCAAGAUUCUAGACGCGCCUCAACUCCAAGAGGAUUUCUAUCUCAACUUGGUCGAUUGGGGUAAGCAUGAUUAUUUAGCAGUAGGAUUAGGUACCGCUGUUUAUUUAUGGAAUGCAAGUACAAGCAAAGUCACCAAAUUAUGCGACUUGAAUACAGAUGCAGUCACUUCAGUCAAUUGGUCUCGCGUAGGCUCAUUAUUGGCAGUAGGUACACAUAGUGGACGCACGAUUCUGUAUGACACUGAAACAUCCAGACCAAUUCGAAGUUGGUUUAACCAUUCAGCCCGUGUAGGUGCCAUUACAUGGAAAUCCAAUAUCUUGACAACAGGCAGCCGCGACCAAUCGAUUUACCACCAUGAUGUACGUUCCUCCAAUGCUUAUUUCUGCAAAUUAUCUGGACAUACACAGGAAAUAUGUGGGCUGAAAUGGAACAAAGAAGGCACCAUGCUUGCUUCUGGAGCCAACGACAACACACUCCUUGUUUGGAAUCUACAUGAGAACAACAUACUCUAUCGACUGACUGACCAUAUAGCUGCUGUAAAAGCCAUCAGUUGGAGUCCACAUAAACGUGGUGUGUUAGCCAGUGGGGGAGGAACAGCAGACAAGACAAUCAAGUUCUGGAAUACGUUUAAUGGGACACUUACUUCCUCGCAUGAUACAGGAUCACAGGUCUGUAAUCUUGCUUGGGGUAAAUUGACGAAUGAGAUUGUGUCUACUCAUGGUUAUUCUGUGCAAGCUGUGAGUACAUCUAAUUCAGUCACUGUUUGGAAAGCAGACAAGAUGCAGAGAAUGGCUACUCUGACAGGACAUAAUAGCCGUGUAUUGUAUUUAGCUAUGAGUGAAGAUGGCAAUACAGUUGUUACAGGUGCAGGAGAUGAGACACUCAGGUUCUGGGAUGUCUUUUCAACUGUCAAAAGUACAAAAAUCAUGGAUCCUGAAGAUAGAAAGGCAUGUCUUCGGUAACAUUCUGUUUAUAUUUGUUCAUAUAUAUAUAUGUAUAUGCUUUCUUAAUAAAUAAUACUUUGUAUACUUAUUGUGAUUCUAUUACCAUGUUUGGUA